GCGCCUUCAUCAGAUAGUGCGUGGUAAUUUUUGCAUUGUCCGGACAUACUUUUGACUCACUGUCGAUUGAUCUGGAUGAAGUUAUCGAGAUGCAUGCUAGCCGAAGGCACACGAACAAUCAUUCCCGGCACUUUGUUACGUGCACUUGUGGGCCCUCGGCCCCAUGAAAAACCAUCGACGUCUGAAAUUCGGACGUUUAAAUAGAUGCGUACCCGUGCAUGUUCUUGGUUGUGCGGGGGGACUCGAGUUGUUGUUGACAGACGGGACACUCCUGCAUCGUUACGCUUCUGCAUGCCCGACCCCAGCUCCCCCGCUGUGUCAAUUCCUUGGCGCACGACGGCAGCGAGUCUCUGGAACGCUUAGGGCGGCGGAUGGCAACGAGAUUUGACGUUGUAACGAAUGAAUAUGAAGGGUUUCAGGACGAACAUUCUGAUUAAGCAGUGCCCGGCAUUCAAAGCCGCGUCUCUGCAGCUGUGUGGCCGGGGCUGAAGCAGUGUGGACCUACCUUCGUAGUGAAUAACAUAGUGUACACGACUCCAUUUUACACGCAACUGCAAGAAAAGUUACUAACUCAGUGGCACGAAAAACGAACAAAAUCCCCGUAAAACACAAGUGAUGGCCUAUGCGUGGUGGCACAAGCUACAGAUCCCCAUUUUGUUCCUACGUUGUCAAACGAAGCGACGCACACCCGAAGAGUGGCACAAGGAGAGACCGAGAGACGCGAGUAACCGGGGUAAACGGGAUGACGACACCGAACCGGAUGUUCCGGAGGUCCUCCUAUCAGCGAUCAACCACAUACUGGUGUAACACAAUAGACGGUCUAUCUUCUGGAAUCUUUGUCGUUUUCAGUUCACUUCUGUGGCGCAUACCGCCUAAGUUUAUCCAAGACAAUCAUCACUGUCGGACGGGGCUGCAGCCUAAAGGGGUUCGAGGGUUAAUCUACCCUACGGUUAGAAGGAACGAUCGCAGCUCUAGUUCUGCCGUGGCCCCAGCUGAAUCCUCUUUUUGAGAUCCUUCGCAAUGCACAUACACAUAGCAGUUUUGAGUUAAACGAGAAAUCACAUCGGCGAGAGCGGCUGUACUUACACUGCCAGAUAGUCCCGUAGAAUUACUGUACAAGUGCUGCGCCGUCUGGUGUUGAGCGUCGUUGCAGUGAGUGCGCCCGACGACACCGUCCUCGGCCGCGAACGAUGGGCGGGGGUCGCGACAACCAUCAUCAGGUGAGACUCAGAAACUGGGGUCAGAGUCGUGUUUCCCCAGUUGGCCGGUCCGCGGAAAGAGUGGCGCGCGCAAUCCGUCGUUAUGUGGCAGUUGUGUCUCCUGUUUUUCGAGCGGACGAACACUGCAGCGCUGAAUUAGCCCCAGGUGUCUCCGCAGACUCAUUUCGCGACACCAGGUGGUACCCUUUUACGGCGAAUUUUCUCUUGCUAACUGGUUCACUUGUGCACUCCGGAGAGAGACUGGGGAACUUUCCAAUCGCACUGCUUCUUUGAUUUCUUUGGUUAACCCCUCCACCCGCCUCAAUCUCCCUCUCGGUAGGUGUGGUGUAAGCGCGGGUCAGCCACAGAGAAUAUCGACAGUUGGCGGCGCGGUGCCGCAGCAUUGGGGAAAUUCGUAGAGUUUUCGUGAAUGAUUGCAAUAAACUUCUUCCUGAUGAUUUCAACUCAUUGCAUGAGUUACGGAACCGCUGUCAUACGGGUGAAGGGAGGGGAAAGUACCGGAAAGUCGUAUUUCCUUGCUCCACCGGAGACCACCGCGCACACGUCACCUGGGCUUCACUGCCUUUGGGUCAUUUCCAAGAUGCGCCGCGGUAUUUGAUGCAACUGGUAGGACGCCUUGCACCAUUUCGUUCCGUUCCAAGCGAGUGUAUAGUCGAUUCAUUACUGGCAGUCCGCACGUACCUGCUGUCGAUGCUCGUAGAGGUGCGUCUGCAGUCUUCUGGAAGCAUCUCGCGCGAAUUCACUCAUGUAUGUGAAUGUUAUCAGACGCAGCUGAUCAGUUCUGUCCCUCUGAAUUUCACAUAUCGUUUUCAUUGAUCUCAUUGUUGAUCGUGAGAGAACCAUUAUUUUCACCCAGCAGAUUUACUCGCGUCUUCAUCCUCUGCUGGGCUACUCCCUCUGGGCCUUCGUCCGAAGACUUCCGACGCUGUUUCGGUACAUAUUGUAGCAUAACCAAAUUGCUUGCAUGUUAUCUCCGUCUUCGACGGGACCCUGUCUACCUAAGUUUUUCGAGACACAUUGUGGCGGAAGAAGGUGUGAUGCAGUGGGAGAGUCGGUUCGGUUGUACUCCGUUUCACGUACACGAUAUGCCGUUUUCCAUGUGAGUCGUUCCUGCGCUUGCUAUUCUUCUAAGUUCAACUUGGUGUAAGCUUCGAAUGGGAUACUCGAUAUAUACCGUGAUAACGUCUGUAAAGCAGCUGCCCCGUCCGGAGAUAAUGACACGAUGAAGCCCUUCACAGUUUUCUCCCGUUCUAGCUCACCUGUAUCAUUGUUCAGCCUUCCGUUGCGUGAUUCCCAGUUCCAUCGUAUACCUUCGUCCGCCUUAGCUGAGCACUCGCAUAGAAGGGCCCCUUUCAGAGUGACUGAAAGAUGACUGCUCUCGCCCUGUCUUUGAAGCACUCUUUUCAAUUCUUUGGUUCUGCGAACAAUUCAUUCCUGGGUGGUAUUCACUCACCUUCGUAGCCAGAAGAGGCGCACCCAGAGUCUUCAGGCCUUUCCGGGUUACCUGAACACUGGCAUUGGAUAGGCACGUGUGAAUAUUGGCGUCGAUGCUCCCAAAGCUUCCCCUCUAUCCUCGCUGAACUUGAAGGCUUCAGUGUUCUCUACGAAAUCUUGAAGAAGCGCUAUGGCAACCCUUUCUGGUUCUGAUGCAGUGAAGGAGGUGUUGCCAAGAUUUUCCGGGUCUGCUCCAAAUGAAAUCCGAAGCAACAAGGGAGGCGAUGUCGAGGAGGCACUUUAUUUGCCAUGCCUAACGAACGAAAGCUGGCUCGUGUCGGCAUUGAAAACACCCUAUCAGGGCGACACUGAAUGUAUAAAAAUACAACCAGAGGCUCUGGUUAAGGAAGGACCACCGGAAAUACCCGGUCACAAUUGCCAAGUGACCUCGAUCCAUGCAUGCAAAUUGCGUACUGGGACCCAGCAUGGGGACAGCGCCCGCUCCGAUUUACGCCGUCCACCUUCUGCCUCUCCGGCUAACAUGCGUGACGGUGACGCGAACAAAAGUAGCAAUGCUCAAGAAAUAAAUUUUCCCAAUAUUGCAGAUGUGGAUACACUGGAGUCUGGCCGUGUAUCGUCUGUAGAUCUGGUGAGAACUCCGUCGGUGGCGAACCUGCACUCCUCUUCGGGAGGACAAAGCUCUCCACCUCAAGACACAUCUUCGAAACCAGCGGAGGACCCUAUUGUCUCGGAUGCGAUGGAGAGCGCAGACCACCGUGUGCUUUCUGAAGAUUCCUGCAAUAGGACGUUGACGGCCUCUGGACAGGGUGGUAAACGGCGCCGGAGGCAGGCAGGUCCAGUCGGUGUCAGCUCAGGUGGGCUUUCUUGUCUGAUCAGAAACGUGAGUGAGGAGGGAGGAGGAGCAUCAGCGGGGGAAGACGUAGACGAAGGGCUGGUCCGUCCUGGAUCAAAGGCUGCGACACCAGAGAGAUCGAGGCAAACCGACCAAGGCAACGGCCAGAUGAACGAGGAGCCCUGGCUGCCUGAAGUUCACCAGCUCAAAACAACAUUUAGGGAGAAGUCUUCGUUGGCACAGGCGUCCAAGUGCAGUGCCUGUACGCCACCCAAAGACGCCAGUGCACCCGCGGACCUUCCGGCAGAACCUGUGUCCCAGGGGAGACCGCUACCGUACCCAAUGGCGGGGAAAUCUCGAAAGCUGAGAACGGAUUCAAGCACAGGAAGGCGGACACACCCGGUGGACAGUUUUAGCACUGUGGACGUUCCAGUCGAAUCACGAACAACAACAACAACUUCCGCCACGGGCAGCGACGGGGGAGGAGAUGCCGCUCCGACGUCUGCAAAUGCUCUACUGAGGGGCCAGGCGAUGCGAUGGCCUGAUUUGUCUCAACCGAAGGCGUUGUUAGAGAGCUUAUCGGGUUUCCCGAGCCGUCGACCAGACUGCGGGUCUUCACGUGCGGCUUCAAUCGAGAAUGAGGGCCGUCCCAUAAGGCUUUCUCAGAGCAACAUCCUGUCCUCACUCUCAGCUGCUCGUAUUGAUUUGUUAACGACCAGGGCGACCAAGGAAGAACUUCAAAAGAGGGAACAGGAGCUUCAGCAGCAGCUGCGCAACUCUCGGCAAGAGCAGGAGAUUCUCCAGGCGUUGCUAGGCGAGAUGACAGUGCUGCGCCAAAAUGCAGAGGCAGCGGAGGCUGCGGAGGCGGCAGAGGGUUUAGAAGCAAGGGAAAAGGAUUUGGGUAAACAUAGAAAGAGGGACAGCGGCACGCGAGGGGACUCCGCGACAAUGGGUGCCACCGAGCCAGGAAGCAAUGACCGAGCCGUAGACAGCGUCAUGAGAAGCAGAGGAGAAGAACAGCAGAUCGGCGCAAGUGUGAAUCUUCAGGUUUCUGCACCCGAAGUCAGAGAAGAUUCGAGCGACAUCAGAAAUGCCUUGCUUCAGGCCGUUGGACUGAAGAGAAGGAGGCUUGCAACCUCAGCUCAAACUGGACGUACAUAUGGGGAAUCCGAAGUCGGUUAUAAGCAGGAAACAAGGUUGAGUGAUCGAGCAUCGGUGUUCGGUCGACAUGAAGCCUCUUCUGUACUUGCAUCAGUCGCAUCUGUUUUAAUGGGCAACGAGACGAUGCAGACGAGCAGGGGGAUGCUACCAGGUGUAGGCAACUGUAGCGCCGCAUCAUGUGGCAGCUCAAAUGCUUCGGAUGAUCGAUUGCUCGGCCUCGCUGCAUGCGAUAGUCAAGCUCGGACACCACAGCAAGGGCUGCCACCAGUCAACGUGGACACGCGAAUUUUAACUAGUUUAUCUACGGAUCAAGCAUUAAGGGUCGGACCGUCGCGUCUGGCAAGCGCGCCGACUGGGGCCUCAAAAUUUGCUCCAGAGUCGUUGACUACUGCGCUUGAUGUGUCUUCGUGCUUGGCAGUGUCGCCGCAGGAACAUGAUAUGGAAACGCUGCGAAACAUGGAGCCACGCUGCAGCUCAGCAAGGUUGUCGCCAGAGCAAGAAGUGUUGGCACUUCUAGCGGCAUCACUGGGAAACAACGAAGGAACAAUAGAUGUAGACGGCGGGGCGAAACAGCCUGUGCAACAGCGCCGCGCUUCAGGGUAUGCAAAACUCGCUCGAAUGCUACCUCGUAUUAACCGUCUUACCUUUUCUACCCAGACCCUGAUGUGGGUCGUGCGUGUGCAGACUCGACGCACGCGGUUGUGUAAGUCAUUUUCAGUUCGGAAACUGGGCUUCCUCCAGGCCCGCCAGGCGGCGAUUGAUUUCCUGAUGGAGUUUGACCACAAAGAGCAACAGCUGCAGGCAACAACGCCUUCGGUUCAAAGGCGCGGCGCCUUACAGACGGCGCGUUCACGGCGGCGCGAACUUACCUCAACCGUUUGCGGAGCGCCAUCUGUACAGGAUGAAGAGGUAAAGAGGGACACUGGGAUCGAGCGAAACACGACCACGUGUCCCUGCUGCGGGGGGCGAAGCGCCGAAGUGGCACCGAACGAGGGCGGGGGCCGGAGCCAGCUCUCCAACGCGUCUAUCACACAUUCGGACGGGUCGUCCGGUUGCGUAACAUGUCGUGUGUGCGACGGGUCAUCUUUGGAGAGAAGAGGCGCUCAUGGACAACGCAAACAAGACACAGCUGAUGACACGCUUUUCCCGGGUGAGCCCAACAGACACAGAAACCAAGCCAGAAACGAUCAUAGAGGGGAUACAAGCACGUCGGGUUCGCGUCUGGAGGACGAUCAGGUGCGGCAUAGUUGGGGCGGCUCGGGCGGCGCGAUGCAGACGGUGGGUGAUGGGGAAGGACAUCAUGAAAAGGCACGAACGGAUGAGAACGUCUCGAGUUGUGGGUCGAGCUGCAGCUCACGGUCAGAGGCAGGGGGACACAUGCACAUAAAAAGGACUGCUUGUGAGUGCCCCGUCGAUGUCCAUGGUCACCGACUGUGUGCGAGCUGUGCUGGAGUGUCGCCGAAUCUCUGUAUGGUCGACGACUGCGGAGAUAUAGCACACUCUCCCGAGACUUCAGCUGUAGAAAAUCGAAAGCAACGUCUACUGCCUCCCCAGUGCUUGGGAGAACACAGCAGAAUAACGCAGACGAGUUGCGACAAUGCCGGUAGAUCUUCGGCGGAUGUUACAGUAGAAAGUCUGCGCCAGUUAGGGAGCGAGUCUUGUUCAUCUAACCGCUCGUGCCGGCCUCAUGGUGUAAGAGAGGAAGCAGCUGGCUGCGAUUCUGAACUCCAGGCAAUUCCCAGCCGUGCCACUUCGUGUGAACAUGAGGAGAGACUGAACAAAAUAAGAGACCCUGAGAGCACGUGUUGCUGGUCUGCCAGUGGAUUCUCGAAACGUGAGAAUGUGGAAAUGGCUGCAGCACGGGGAGACAGCCGUGAUGGCUGCGUGUCGCAUCGGCAUCUCCGCCAGCAGCAGCAUGAAAGGCGCAAGCAUGCGCGGGAAGAUCUGGCAUUGCGAGCCCGACAGCUUCCUCAUACUGUAGGGGUGAAGUUUGAUCCGACGUGUCCACGAUGGAUCGCUCACUGGAAACGUGAAGGCCAGAGGUUCUUUAAAAGUUUCAGUGUCGAGAAAAAUGGUUUUGAGAACGCCUGGAAUCUUGCCAAGUUGUGUCGAAAAAGGAACGCCGAGCUUGCCGCAGCAACCAGUCGGGCGACAUCGACACCUAAGCGACCCAACAUUGUGUGUGGAGCUGGAAGCUCCCGCCGCUCAGUUUCCGGAAACCGAAAUGUGUCGGAGCAGGCUGGGAGUGGCGUGAAUCCACUUAACAGCCCACCAUCGGCUGGAACAGGUGGACUUCGUGGUGGCAAUAUCGCAGGCACAGCGACCGUGCUGCCCACUUACGAUAUCACCUGUCAGCGGCAAGAAGCAGCUUCAGUUAAUUCGACGAAGUUCUCAAGUUUGGCGUUUCUCGCAGCAUUGGGAGACUACAUGUCAGCUAAUUACGGGCCAGCUUCAGCAGGAAUCAGUGAUGACAAUCAGGAAGGCCGAGGCGUAAUGACCGGAGCUCGGUGGUGUACGGCCGCAUGCACCAACCCCGAGAGCCCCUCUGGUGAUGGUACGCAGCUGUCUGCCUUAAUUCCUGCAAUAGCAGGUCGAAGCUUACUAUAUGCAAGUAGAAGCAGUGCUGAGGGUAUCCGCCUGCGUGAAGACUGCACAGUCACAGAGACUGCAACUGCAGCUGCUGCAGAGACCCCUCGUCUGCGUGCCUUCUGCAACAACGUUGCCAACAAAGCAGUCGCAGAUGGGACUGUCACAAGUACCACCCGAGACGAACUUUUGGGAACCCGGGGUCCACGAACAGACUCGAGAGAAGAACGUCGCGCAAUAGACGCAGCAACAGCCUUAGCACCGCGGAAUUCUUCCCCCUUGGGUGGUGCGGCGGGUGCCGUGGCUGUGACUGACAUGCAGAAUUCGAUAGAUUUCGCACAGGCGGCCUCCGGCCUAGAGGAUGACGGACUGACGGGACUUCCGUUUGUUGAGGCAUCGUGGAGCCGGUCUGCAGACGGUGGAGCGGGUGGCACUGCUUCAGACAGUCGCCACCGCCUCGCAGCAUCUUCGGUAGAAACCAAAGUGUUGCACAGUGGAGAAGAUUCUUUAGGAGGUGGUGAGUGGGCUGGUGACUGGGGAAGCUCGACUCGGGAGGGAAAUUGGAAAGUCAAAUAUGACGCAAACACGGUGGGCGCAGGUGGCGGCACGUGUGAAGGCGUUUUCGUUGCUUCAUUGGACGGAAAUCGAAUGCGGAGCACUCCGCCUCGUUCAGAGGACAGGUCGGUGAUGCCUACGCCUCCUGCAGUGUCAGUAACUGUUCAAGAUAUCCCCGCAUUCAUAUCUCUCAGUGAAGGCAGCGAAGUUGCUGGCGAGCGGGCCAGACCAACCGAGGCUGAUGUUGCAGCAGAAUAUCGGGAGGCGAUUUCUUCCGUCACAUCUCCACAACCGAGGGGGUCCAGAAGCGGUCUGAAGGGUACCACUGAUGCUCUCAAUAUAGACGAGACACAGUGUCGUGGCGCGGAUAGUGUAUACGGUCAACUACAUCAUUCAGAGCCUGUCCAAGGUGCUGUUCGACUCUGCAGCGCAAUGCAGCAACACAGGAAGACCGAGGAGCAGCAGCAACGCCUGGGCCUGGCUAACGUCGGGUCGGGUUGUCACCUUGUCUCUUCCUCAGGAGCCCUUUCGGCAGUUGAUGCUCCGACGCGAUACCCUCAGCAUGCUGAGCAACUAUCGCAGACCGCGGCGGCAGGUUUGGCGGUCCCGUCAAUCCAGGGGUCAACCGGCGACGGGUCAGAGACUGUCGGGAUGACAUCACUAUUGCUGUUGCUAUCCCAACGUGAUAAUUCCCUUGCGGCGAGGUCCGCAGUUUCAACGUGUUUGUCUGGUGCGAUUCCGGAUACGAGUUUUUGUGCGAGAGGUUCGCUGUUGCCAGCAAAAACAAACCAACCUGAUGUGGCAACGGAAGGAGCCACGGAUGGCGCUCAGCUGACCUGUGACCGCUCAGGAACACCCACUUCGCCGGAAAGACUCCUUUGCCGAUCGUCAUUGAACUCGGAAAAGUUACAGGCUUCUGGAGCUCCGGGCCUGACGGAAUCAUUGCCAGCUGGGAUGAGUGGCGAAGCUACCGGAGAUCCACCGCCGCCUACAUCUGUAGAUUCGUGCGGAAAUUAUCUGGGUCCCACGUCCGGAACAUCGAAGCGUGCGACGUUCUUAGCCGCUUCCGAGACGUGGGCAACAGAAGUUCUGCUGCAUCACCAGGCCGUUCAAGGCGCCUCGCCGUCCUCUGCGCCAGCACACGAUCUGUGGUCGCUGUCUCCCACAGAGCUCGUCACUCUUAAUUGCCAGAUGAACGGUCCUGGCAACAGCAGUCUGCCAGGCGGGUUCACUGUGUCGGGUGUCCACACCUCAGAGCUGCAAUCCGACGAGGGUUUCCGCUCGAUGAAUGCUUCAUCGGAAGCACGAAUUGACGCGGUCAUCGGCGUGUCAGAUGAUGGGGGACCUACCAGCGAAUUUGCUGCAGAGAUGGGAUACAGAGAGAUGGUGCAUUCGGAGGGUGAAGAAAGCGGUGUAUCUGCUGCGAAUGCUGGUGACCCGCUUGGGUCGAGCACGGUUCAUUCCGCUCGCACAAGUGCGGGCUCCUGUUUAGACGACACAGUCUUGAUGGUUGGUGUGAAGGAUGGUACACGCAGCAGCAUCAGCGGUUCAUUCCUGGGGGAACACCACCGCAGCCCUCAUGUGGAGGCGGACAUAUCAAGAGCAAGAAAUGACUCCAGCAACCAGGAAGUCGACCUUAAUGGAGCUAAAUGCAUGUCUGGGCAAGCCCGGGUACGUGAACAACGCCGUUCUUUCUCUCUGUCGGAAUGGCCCUUGGAUAAUCGAUUCCCGAUGACAGAGAGCAUGGAAAGGAACAUUCGAAGGCGCAACAGCAGUGGGUCGAUGUCUCAUGAGUCGAAUUCAUUUUCUGAGGCAGCAACUCCAGCGAACCAAGGAGGACCUCAUCCACCUGGAAGACUGGCGGACAGUGACUGCGCAUGUACUACAGCCUGUCGGAGACAAGGGGAAGGAGCUAACGUCGCAGGCAUACCACCGGAGCGGGCGACCGGCAGUUUUUCAGGGACCCAAGCUACGUAUGCGCUACUGGGAGAGACAGACACUCCAGGUGGUUGCUCGGUGGAUCCAGCAGACGAUACUGAACGGCUCUCCUGGGCGAAGGUGGCAGUGCUGAUGAUCCUGCGUAACUUACGCGACGACGCAUCAUGCCGGCUGCUGACUGAAUGCUUUCAACUGCUAGAUGCGUCUCAAACGGAGAUGCCAGAGCUCCGUGCGCUUCUUUCGAUUUUUUCGAAUUUAAUUGCAGAGCAGCGUCUUCCUAGCAGCCUGCCCACUGACGAGCUACGCAAGCUCGUCAGUGACGUGCAGACGGCUGUGAAAAGCCAAUGCAAAGUGCUGCCUGACGGGGCUGCGUUGGCCUCAUCGGCGAGUGGGUCCGAUCUGCCAGCCAUCUAAACGUAUGCCCCUUGCGACUAGCAGCCGCAUCAUCGCACGUGUGAACCACGUUGCGGUAUACUGCGGAUGUGGUAACCCCAGGGGGUGUGGUUGACCUGUAUCAGCAAAGAGAUGAACACGGCGUGAAAGUCAAGCUGAAGAGCGUCCCGUGAAAGUAGCGCAUUUAUGGCGAUCUCCUUUUGAUUUUAAAAUGCGCCAACAGGGUCAUGUGUUCACAUAGUGAGGAGCUCGGCCGUUGCAGCGGAAGUGGUGGUAAUGGCUUGCCAAGUGUUGAGCUUUCGGGAGACUAUGUGGCGUUCAUUCCACAGAGAUAAACGUCUGUCAAAGAGCUGCAGUUUGCAGCCGUUGGGUUAUUGCGUGGCAGUUGCCGACCUUUAUCGUGUAAGCACGCAGGCAGUGCCCCUUCCGUCGAUGGUUCAUCCAAGAGUGUAGCUGUCAUGUGCAGCAGACGAUGCUGCCUCCUCGCGGGGUGAUGCAGGUUGACUGUAUGGAUUGAGAAGGUACUGCAGACUCACUAAGUGUUUGUCUGCGUCGUUAGAAGUGGUACUGGACGCAUAUAUUGGAGACUCGGUGACACUGCGUAUGAUACCAACUUGCCAUUGUUUUCUCUGGGUGAUUUGGUAACACUGCGGGGGUAUCUAAACAGCCACCGGCGCGUGUCGGUGCAUCCAGUCCAGUCUCCGUUCUGCGUACCGUUUCAAGGACGUGUUAGCAUUCCACAACGAAACGUGGUGGAGCUACUGUGUUUUGGUCUCUCUUGUCCGUGUGUCUGCUGCGUAAGUCAAUGCACACGUGGAAUUUUUCCUGGACCUGCCUAUUUCCUCUCUCGUGUACGCCUGCAGCGUUAUGAUAUGACAGAGCGUGUCAAUUACGUUGUUUCGUUUGUUAGUCAGCUCAAGGCAGAAACCGCAGUAUCUGAUUUUAGACAGAAAGCGCUCCCUGUCGCGGAGCUUUUCUCGAGACGUCACUACAUGGAAUUACUGAAUUGGGAAGGUUAGUUGUCACGCUGUGGUGACGUUUAGAUCACCGUUCACCCGGUUUUCAAGCAGGCUGGGAUAUGCAGAGGAGGUCCCAAGACAUCGAUCAGCGGACAUCGAGUUUGUUUAGUGUUCAGACACAGGGGUAUAAAGGCACGUGUUCACGUUUGGCGCGUUGUAGACAAACUUGCCCUGAAGCUAGCACUAACCGUAGUGCAUUCAGAUGUCACAAGCGAAUGGUGUAUUGAAGUCAGAAAAGUGACGAAGAAGUGAAAAGUAAACCUACAUCGUGUGCGAACAGUACAGCAGGUGCUGUAGAAAAUCUGAAUUUGGGGUCGUGCUCGUACGCUUUCAGCUGGAAUAUCGCCUAUCUUCAAUCAUGAGCCAUAACGUGCGUGCAAUACUUUUCGCUGGGGUACAGCGUGUCGCCUGUCGUUAAGCAACUGGGCAGAGCAAGAAGCAGACAAACCGUACCAUGGGAGUCCACAUAAAUCGCUGUGCACGACAACGGAUUUGACUUUGGCCAAGACUCUGGGUUAUCAAGUGAACAGGACCGUCAACGUGGCCUCAACCCAUACAGCUUCACAAAUUUUUCCGCGGUAAAAGGUAUGAGACGGGAAGACAGCUUCUCUUGAAGAGGGGCUCGAAAAAUCUUAAAGCAGGACUUGUGGGACGAGGAAUGCGAUGCAAGGUUGCUCUACUAACUGCAAAGUACACAGUGCAGUUUGCGGAUGGUUUUCGGAGUCACCUUCUCACCAUGGCAUGACUGGUCGUCGCGGGGUGCAGCUCGAAAGGUUGCCACAAUGAAUCCAUAGACUUGACAGUGUGAAGUGUGUGUUAGACGCAAUUAAAUGCUAGAACGACAUGUGGAAAAGAGAGCGCUUCAGCAAGACGAACUUCAAUAAAGAAGGUACCUCUCUGGC